AUGGCUGAAGUAGCAAGGGCGAGUUUUGGCAUCCGGGCGGCACUAAUGGAACUUCCUCCACAGCCCUGGAACGAUCUCCCCACCAACACCAAACACUUUCACACUUUCACUGCAUUAUUCACUUGCGUCAGUAGUCAGAGUGAGGCGAAGCUCCAACAGCACGACGCGUCGUCGCUUAGCCGAUUUCUCGUGUCGCGCCUAUCGUCAUCUCCACAUUCCGAUCUCACUCAUUCUUCGUCGUUCUCUUCUGCUUCCAGAGUCAUGUCAGCUCCCAGUCUGCCUCCGCCAAGCAGAGAUGCGGCAUCUUCAGGCUGCCUUCCAACGCCGUUGCAGACUUCGACCGAUGACGAACAACACAGCACUCCUGAUCCUCCUGGACCUCCUGGGGAACCGCAAGCCGAUGACCUAGAAAAGCCUCCAGAGUCUCCCUUGACUCCAACCGCCUCUUUUGCAGAGUUGCCAAAGCCAGGACCUCAAAAGUCCAGCUUGCCCUGCCCACAACGCAAGCCUAAGACUACGUUUCCUGCUUCUGAUCCUGUCUUGAUCGAUCAGCCUCAACCCAUUCCAAUCUCCGACUUUGAUGCCGAGACAGACGUGUUGGCCAUCCGAUCAGCCAUUUCCAUUCUUCAGAUCCAGCGCCAGAAGGCACAGAAUGAUAUCAAGACUCUCGAGCGCAUCAAGAAGGCUGCUGUCGCAAGCCCUGAAGAAUUUGUUGAAGAACUGAAGUCUGGUCGCACGAGGACACAUUUUCCCCAGAAUGACUAUUUAGGUCCUACUCUAGCCAAGGAUUCUACGAACCAUGAUGAUAUCACCAUGUCAGAGGACGAGAGCGAGCGCGCAUCGAAUCAAGCCUCGAAGUUCCCGCGAAUACCUCAACGACAGAACGUGGUGCGUGUACCGCCUAUCAACUGGGACAAGUAUCAGCUUGUUGGGGAGUCACUAGACAAGCUUCACGAGCAGCAGAGAAAAGCGCCCAGUUCCCAAUGGUCGAAAGACGCCCCGAACGCCCCAGAUUAUGUCGUUGCAGCCCCGUGGUCGCCUGCUGACAAAAUUGAUUCGACGACACCUUCGCAACGCAAAGAUUCCAAAAAGGCUGCGUGA